UUAAUUUUAUGUACACAAGAAUCUGGUGCUACCGUAAUGUUUGCUAUAAAAUUCUAUUGAAAAAUACGGCAUUUUCUUCACAACGUUACGAUUACUAUAUUUACAAAUGCUUUUAAUGAAUAAAAAUUCAUUACCGUUAAAACUCAUAUCAAUUUAAAUACUGAACAUAAGGAGCAAUGGUUUAGUUGAUAAUAAAGUCUCAAAACAUGGGGACCCAUUUACUGUUGUUUUUAUUAGGUCUCAGAAUUACGAUAGUUUUUUCUGCUGAAGUAACGGACUCCGUUUUAUGUAAUGCGACAAGUUCUGAACGUGUAGAAUAUGAAUUUAGUACUGAUGUUGUCGGAAGUGAACAUAUAAUUACAUUUAGAGGAUAUUUUCUUCGAAGAGCAAGAGAAAAUUAUGUGACUGCUGCGCUGAACAAUGCCGGUAUAUCAAACUGGACUAUUGUUCAACGAGAAAAUCCAGCUAAAGAUUAUCCGAGCGACUUUGAUGUGAUUGUAAUGAAUGAUGGUGAUCGAGCAGCACUUGAUGCAUUAAGAGACCAUCCUGCUAUCCGUCGGGUUACAGCUCAGAGAAUAGUUCAGCGCACCAUAAAAUAUGUACAGGAGGAUACAAAUUGUGGCCCCAAUGGCUGCUUAUACUCAGGAUGGCGGAAUCAUCGUCGUAGAGCAUUACAUUCUAUUAGAAAACCGAGAGAGAAUGAAGGAUAUUCAUCGAGGAAGCUACUAAGAACAGUUCCGAGACAAAUUACAUCAGUGUUAAAAGCAGAUCUACUGUGGUCAUUGGGUGUUACAGGUGAAGGUAUAAGAGUAGCAGUAUUCGAUACUGGCCUAGCUCGUCAUCACCCUCACUUUGGUCGUGUAAGGGAGCGUACUGAUUGGACUGGAGAGAAUACAUUGGACGACGCACUGGGCCACGGAACUUUUGUGGCAGGAGUGAUAGCUUCGCGAGCCGACUGUCUCGGCUUCGCUCCUGACGCUGAUCUUCAUAUAUUCAGAGUGUUUACUGAUAAUCAGGUUUCAUACACUUCAUGGUUUUUAGACGCUUUCAAUUAUGCUAUUAUGAGAAAAAUUGACGUACUUAAUUUAAGUAUUGGAGGACCAGAUUUUAUGGACCAUCCCUUCGUUGAUAAAGUUUGGGAGCUAAGCGCUAACAAGGUUAUUAUGGUGUCAGCUAUAGGAAAUGAUGGUCCAUUAUAUGGUACUCUCAAUAACCCAGCGGAUCAGAUGGAUGUCAUCGGUGUGGGUGGCAUUGGGUUCGAUGAUCGUAUCGCUAAAUUCUCCUCUAGGGGUAUGACAACCUGGGAACUGCCUAAUGGUUAUGGUAGAAUGAAACCAGACAUUGUGACAUAUGGCAGUGGAGUCCGCGGCUCCAGUGUCACUGGCGGCUGUAAAUCUCUCAGUGGUACGUCAGUCGCAUCGCCAGUUGUGGCAGGAGCGAUUGCGUUGCUGGCGAGCGGUGUGCCACGUCAGCAUGUCACACCGGCAGCUGUCAAACAGGCACUUUGUGUCACAGCGCGACGUCUGCCCGGGUAUAACAUGUUUGAACAGGGACACGGGAAACUUGAUCUUAUCAGUGCCUAUCAGUUUUUACGCGAGUACACGCCACAGGCGAGCCUAAGUCCCCCUUACAUGGAUCUGACAGAAUGCACAUACAUGUGGCCGUACUGUACACAACCUCUGUACUACAGCGCACAGCCUACCAUUGCUAAUGUCACCGUUGUUAAUGGUCUAGGUGUCGCCGGUGAUGUGAAAGAGGUGACAUGGCAUCCCCACUUGCCGCAUGGGGGGUUGCUAUCUGUGUCAGCGGAUUACAGCCCCAUAUUAUGGCCCUGGUCCGGCUGGCUUGCUCUCAGCUUUACUGUCACACAAGAGGGCGCUGACUUCGAUGGGGUUGUAGAAGGUCACGUGAAUAUAACUAUAGAAAGUCACGACGAAACCAAAGAACGAACAAUGAUAAACACAACACUUAUGCUACCAAUUAGGGCUCGUAUAAUUCCCGUUCCUGUGAGGUCCCGUCGUCUCCUAUGGGAUCAGUUCCACAGCUUACGGUACCCUGGUGGUUACUUCCCGCGGGAUGACCUUCGAGCUAAACAUGACCCGCUGGACUGGCACGCAGACCACGUGCAUACUAAUUUCAGAGAUAUGUACCGCAGGCUGCGGGAACACGGAUUCUAUUUAGAAGUCAUGGGUACUCCAUUGACUUGUAUCGACACAUCACUGUACGGCGCACUAUUACUAGUUGAUCCUGAAGACGAAUAUUUUCCCGAAGAAAUGGCUGCAUUAAAGAAAGCAGUAGACUCAGGUUUAUCUCUGCUCGUAUUCGCUGAUUGGUACAAUGCUUCUUUACUACGGCAUGUUAAAUUCUACGAUGAGAAUACUCGGCAAUGGUGGAUUCCAGAAACAGGUGGUGCUAAUGUUCCUGCAUUAAAUGAUCUCUUAAGCAUGUACCAAAUAGCUUUAGGUGACCGUGUAUUUGAAGGUGCAUUCAAACUUGGCGGCCAUCCGAUGUACUACGCGAGUGGGACUCAUAUACAUAGUUUUCCGAAGCACGGUGUACUGAUCACUGCACAGUUGUCGGAUCAAGGACAACAAAUAAUGUCUGGUGAGAAAGGCGGCGGGACGGCUGCGGCAGGCGCUGAUAACACCGUUGAUGUACCGAUAUUAGGCCUCUUGCAGACGGAUAAUGGCAACCGGGAAUUCACAAAUGACACCGUGGACAAACCGCCUAAGGCGGGUCGUGUGGUGGUGUACGGUGACUCGUCGUGUCUGGAGGGCGGGUCAUCGCGGCCCUGUCAUUGGCUGUUGCUCGCCGCUCUGCAGUAUGCGUUGGGCGGACACCUUCCCGCUUCGCUGAGGGAUGCUGCGGCCGCAAGACGACGUGACGUACACCUUAUACCAUCCGAACUACCUCGGCGUGCAGAAGGUGGGCGACUGCACAUGUAUUCUCGUGUACUAGCGGCAGACGGUAGCGGGCCACGCCCCUUGCCGUCGUGCGCCCCGCCUACGCCCCUCCCACCGCAACCUGUGACCGCGCCCCCCGCCGCCCGCACACUGGCGCCACGACACGCCCCCACAGACCCACGGAGCAUAGGUGCUCCAGAAGUAGAGGGUACAGAGCCCGCCCCUAGAGCCUGGAGGGGCGCAGGAGCCGCACCUUCGCGGUCACAUCCCGAGGUAGUUUACGAGCCCCCAAGUCUGGCUAACAGAGGUCUAACCCUCAUCGCCAUUGUGGCUAUCAUUUACUGCGUGACAACAUUCUGGAAACGUUGGGGACGUAAACUGAGACGACGGAGACUUAUUUCUCUAGCCACCUAGCACAGAUCAAAACAGUGCCCAAAUAGAUCGAACGGUAGGUGAUCUUUACUGUCAAAAGAAUUAUAGGUUCUAAUAUCUGUAG